AUGAGAUUCUUGUCAUGGAACUGUCGUGGGCUUGGGAACAUAGAGGCAGUACGGGCUUUGCGUAAGCUCAUCCACUCAGAAGCUCCCGAUCUGGUGUUCUUGAUGGAGACAAAAUUGUACAAUUCAGAGAUGUUGACCCACAGAGGGAUGAGUGGGCUUGGUAACAUUUUUCCAGUUCAGUGUGCGGGUAGGGGGAGAUCCCGAGCGGGGGACUAUCCGUCUGCUGUUAUGCAGGUUUUAGCUGUGUAUGGCUUCCCGGAGACUCAAGAUAAAGUCAGAACCUGGGCUUUAAUCCGUCGCUACAAGCCGGAUUCUAACACUCCGUGGCUAUGCAUUGGCGAUUUUAAUGACAUACUUUCCCCGGCUGACAAGCUUGGAGGUGAUCCUCCCAACUUUGACCAGUUGCAGGUGGCAACCCAAGCUUGUACAGAUUGUGGGCUUUCUAGGGUGGAUGGUAGAGGGAACUCUUUCACUUGGACUAAUAAUCGAACCCAACCGGCAACGAUUGAGGAACGAUUAGAUUAUGCCCUGGUGAAUGAGGCGUGGCAAGAGUUAUGGCAGGUGUCAUCGGUUUUCCAUUUAAUCCGACACCAAUCGGAUCAUAGUCCGAUUGUUCUCCAGUGUGGAAGACGCAGACAAGAUUUCAGAAGGCAAAGGGUUAAUCUCUUUCGUUUUGAAGAGGUAUGGUUGCAGAGUGGUGAUGAUUGUGCGGAGAUUGUCACGGAGGCAUGGGGCGAUACAGAAUUAACGCUUACUGACAGAAUUGCAGGUCUAGGUCAAGCUCUUGAUACUUGGGGGAAGGCUAAGUAUGGCGAUCUCCCUAAACGGAUUGCUGAGACAAGGGCCUUGUUGCAACGCCUACAACGGAGCCCUCAUACAGAUCAGAUCCAUUUGGCAAUCGGAGAUGCGGAAAAGGAGUUGGAUGAGCUUCUAAAGCAAGAAGAGAUCCGUUGGGGACAACGGUCAAGGGCGAACUGGCUCAAGCAUGGUGACAGAAAUACUAGUUUCUUCCAUAAAAAAGCCUCCCAGUGGAAGAAGAGAAAUUGUAUUGAAGAAAUUGUGGACGAUAGAGGCACGAAGUACGCGAGGGAGGUUGAUAUUGCUAGAGUUCUGACGGAUUACUUUGAGGACUUGUUCACGUCCUCUAAUCCUACAGGAAUAGAGGAGGUGGCUUCUUUGGUUGGUAACAGGGUGACUGAUGCUCACAGGUCCGUGCUGUUGGACCCGUUCACAAAGGAGGACAUUGAGGAAGCAUUGUUUCAGAUGCAUCCGAUAAAAGCGUCGGGGAUAGAUGGCUUUCCGGCACUGUUCUAUCAAAAGUUUUGGCACAUAGUGGGGGAUGAGGUUGCUGCCUUUUGCCUUCAGGUGCUCAAUGGAACGCUUUCACCAGCUAUGAUUAAUCAAACACUUUUGGUGCUUAUCCCUAAGGUUAAGAAGUCUGUGCAUGCAAACCAAUUUAGGCCUAUUAGCCUUUGCAACGUGUUGUUUAAAUUAAUUACUAAGGUGCUGGCCAAUAGGAUGAAAUUGAUUCUGCCUGAUCUCAUUAGUGAAGCACAAAGUGCGUUUGUCCCGGGUCGCUUGAUCACGGACAAUGCUCUUAUUGCCUAUGAGUGCUUUCACUACAUGAAGAAGAGGGUUACAGGUAAAAGAGGUAUGAUGGCUCUGAAGCUUGACAUGUCCAAGGCUUAUGACAGAGUCGAGUGGCCGUUUUUAAGGGCGGUGCUUGCUCAUAUGGGGUUCCCAGCAAGUUGGGUAACUCUUAUUAUGAAUUGUAUCAUGACUGUUAGGUUCUCGAUUAUGCUUAAUGGUAAUCCACAACCGUAUUUCGCACCCAAGAGGGGUUUGCGACAAGGUGACCCUUUGUCCCCUUAUUUAUUUAUUCUUUGUGGUGAGGCUUUCUCUGCUUUGAUUCAAAGAUCCAUAGCAGCCUCAACCUUGCAUGGGAUUAAAAUUGCGAGAGGUGCACCAAUAAUUUCCCAUCUUUUAUUUGCAGAUGACAGCAUUCUAUUUGCUCGGGCUUCUUUGGAGGAGGCAGAAUGUGUACAAAACAUUCUUGCAACCUACGAAAGAGCCUCUGGGCAGAUGAUAAACUUCGACAAGUCGAUGCUUUCAGUUAGCCGCAAUGUGCUGGAGAAUUGUUUUCAAGAUUUACAACAGAUGUUGGGAGUAAAGGCAGUGGAAAGCUAUGACAGGUACUUGGGUUUACCAACCAUUAUUGGAAGGUCUAAAACCCAAGUUUUCAGGUUUAUUAAAGAUAGAGUGUGGAAAAAGCUCAAAGGUUGGAAAGAAAAAACACUGUCGCGCGCAGGGAGAGAGGUGCUUAUCAAGGCGGUGGCUCAGGCCAUCCCAUCAUAUGUAAUGUCAUGCUUUAUAUUACCUGAUAGUUUGUGUCAGGAGAUUGAGGGGAUGAUUGCUCGCUUCUUUUGGGGAGGGGAUGCCUCCAAAAAGGGGCUUCAUUGGUUGAACUGGGGAAAACUUUGCCGGCCCAAAUUAGAAGGGGGUCUCGGCUUUAGAGGAUUUAAAUCCUUUAAUUUAGCUUUAGUGGCAAAAAAUUGGUGGCGGAUUUACAGUAAUCCGGAAUCAAUUCUAGCCCGAACUUACAAGGCUGUGUAUUAUCCGGCGACGUCCUUGAUGCAGGCGAGGAAAGGAUACCGCCCAAGCUAUGCUUGGUCAAGUAUUCAAAAAACGUCUUGGAUGUUUGACGAGGGGUGUUGUUGGAGGGUAGGUGAUGGCAAGAACGUGAGAAUUUGGGAGGAUAAUUGGCUCCCAACUGGGCCCCCACUUAGCUACCGUCAGGAUGUGGCUGCUGAACAUAAUCUCCGGCUUGUUGCGGAUCUCUUACUGCCGUCUGGUAGAGGUUGGAAUAAGGCUCUUAUUGAAUGGACUUUUUGCCCAGCAACAGCGGAAAGGAUUAUUUCCGUCCCUCUUCCUCUUCAUCAAAUGGAAGAUGCUUUGUUUUGGGCUGCUGCACAAGAUGGAAUUUACUGCGCAAAAUCAGGUUAUCAAUUUUUACAGGAAAAGGUGUCAAGGAGCUCUCCUUCAUCUUCUAGUGCACCUACUUUGUCGGAAGCCCAGUGGUGUUUGUUUUGGAAAUCUCCAGCGCUUCCUCGCUGUAAACAACUAGCUUGGAGAGUCUGGGUUGGAGCUGUACCAGUUAGACACUCUCUUCGCAGGCGGGGACUAGAUAUCGACCCGUGUUGCGCCAUUUGUGGGGUCGAGGAAGAGACGCUGGACCACUUGUUCCUGCGUUGUGAGGUGGUGCGUGCGACGUGGUUUGGGACGGAACUUGGAGUGAGGAUUGAUGACGGAGUUUCAUUCCAUGCUUUCAUGGGGCAGGUUCUGCAAACCCGUGAUAAGGAGGUGGUGGCUGCGGUUCAAACAGUUUUAUGUGCCAUUUGGGAAGCUAGGAAUAAGGUGGUGUUCGAGGGCUAUGAAUUCAGGUGGAGGAACGUGGUCUCGCGCUUCCAAUCUCUAGUGUGCCCUUUUGAUCCAGGAGCUGGUACAACAAGGGAUGCAGGCGAUCGUCGAGCGCACACAACCAGGUGGAGAAGACCACCACGGGGUCGCGUGAAGAUGAACAUUGAUGCUGCAACAAAUCAGAGCAAGAUUGCAGGGUUUGGGUGUGUAGCAAGGGACUAUAAUGGUGAUAUUUUGGCUGCUGCAUCUUUGUUUCCUACUGUGGUUCUCUCGGCUACUCUAGGAGAAGCUCUCAGCUUAAGGUGGGCAAUGGUUUUGGCAACACAACUUGGCUUUAGGAGGGUGCAAUUUGAAACUGAUAGUUUAUUGCUUCAUCAGGCUUGGAAGAAAAGAAGAGGCUCAUCUAUUUUAUUUACUGUUAUUGCAGAUUGUUUUAAUUUAAUGCAUUUAUUUGAUUAUGUAGACCUUAGUUUUGUUCGUAGAGAAGGAAAUUCUGCGGCGGACUUUAUGGCACGGAAUGCUUCCUCUCUAUCGAAUGUGGUUUGGGUGGAGGAAGGUCCUCCGGGUUUAACUGCUAUUUUGAACUCUGAUGUAUUGGCCUUUGUGCCUUCUUAA